CGUCUCUGGUACCAUACAAAAUCAAAUUACAUUUCAUUUAAUUAAAGGAUAAUUAUUAUUUCGCUUAAUUUAACACCAUAAUUUCUAACAUAAUGAAUUCAAAACCUACUUUAAAAUCCAAAUGUAUAGCUUCCUGUUCAUGUUCUUGCCAAAAAUGUCCACAAAGACAGAAAUUAACUAAACCCACACAGAAUUCCACUCUGAGGCAAAAACAGCAAAUAGAGCAAUUGCAAAAAACUAAUUUAUUAAAGAAUACAAAUAAAACUGAAGACAACGUGCACUUAAAUCCCUCCAAAUAUACGACAAAAUUAAAUUUUGGCGCCAAUCACAAGUUAUUCAAAAAUCUUACUCCCAUAAAUGUCAAUGAUUCUAUUUUAUUGCCAAAAGAUAAAAUGUCAAUUCCUAAAAAAUAUAUUCCUAAUAAUGAUAAAAUUCCUGCACCGGAGUUACAAGACUUUCUGGAUACAGUUGCUCCCAACACUUACGUUAUACCAGAACCAGAAAUUAAUUUGGAAUUUAUGGAAUAUGAAUUUGAUGUACUGUCUGCCUAUAAACAAUUAAUGGAAUAGUUUUAAUGUGAAGUAAGUUACUCCAUAUUUCAGCAUAAAAUUCUAUUUUUGUGAAUUAUUUGUAAAGUAAAAUUUCGGGCUUAUUUUGAAUAAUAAAUUCCCCGGGAGUUUGUUUCUUCUCAGGAAUGGAAAAAGAGAUUUUGUUUCAGUAUCAAAAAAUAUUU